UUUUUCCAGUUAUGUUUUUGAGUCGUUGGAAUUCCUCUUAAACCCUAAUCCAUAGGGUUUCGAUUCGAAACGACAACAUAAUUUCUGCGAAGUCAGCCAGACGAAUAGCUUCGACCUCUGAUUCCUGUCUGCAACAGCUAUAUAAAAAUGCCAAAAGUAAAGACAAAUCGUGUUAAAUACCCAGAGGGUUGGGAGUUAAUUGAGCCUACACUCCGUGAACUCCAAGCAAAGAUGAGGGAAGCUGAGAAUGAUCCACAUGAUGGCAAAAGAAAAUGUGAGACAUUGUGGCCAAUAUUUAAGAUUGCACACCAGAAGAGCCGCUACAUAUUUGACCUCUACCAUCGGAGAAAGGAAAUUUCUAAAGAACUGUAUGAAUUCUGUCUAGAUCAAGGAUAUGCUGACCGCAAUCUAAUUGCCAAAUGGAAGAAGCCUGGUUAUGAACGUCUAUGCUGCCUGAGGUGCAUGCAGCCACGCGACCACAAUUUUGCCACCACUUGUGUUUGCAGAGUUCCCAAGCAACUUAGGGAGGAAAAGGUCAUAGAGUGUGUUCAUUGUGGAUGCAAGGGUUGUGCAAGUGGAGACUGAUUGGACAUCAUUUCUUGUAUUUGUGUCAGUGGAGGGUUUCGUAGUUCUAAUUUCGUGUAGCCUUAUUUUCUGUUGUCCGAAACUCGGAUGGGACACAACCUCUCCAGGUGUAUUGCUGUCUACUACAUGAAUGUUAUGUAUUGGAGAUAUUAGUUAUCUGUCUAGUUCAAAAUCUGACUUAGUUUUGUG